AUGACUGCCUAUACAGAGGCAGAUAUCUACAACGCCGAAGAAAGUGGAUUGAAAAAGGAGAUGGCUGUUGGCCGCACUCUUGCAACUAGAGGCUCUACAGAUACUGUACGAGGCCUUGAUGCUGUACCUGGCCGGCUUUGUCAGGAGGUAUUAAAUGAAUAUGCGUCGGCCACGGAACUUCUCCAGUUUCUCAUCGAUUGUGAUGUUGCUAGUGAAGAUGUAACUGUCCUGAUAGUUCCUCUUGGACUGGUAGAAGACUUCACGGAUUGGACAGAGCUUAUACUGUUCCCUCCGAGUCUGUUGGGUACUGAGAUCGUGAAACCUGAGACAUCACAGGAGGAAUCUGACUCGAGUCACCGUCAUCGUCAGGGGGAAGAUCUCAACACCAUUUCCAUCGGUGGUUCAGAAGCUUGCAAGCUCCUUUCGUCCAGCUUUGAAUCCCCCAGUGCACCUCCAGGACAGACUGACUCAAGAGUUGUGAACGGCACAGAGGCUGGAGAUAAUGAAUUUCCUUUCAUGGCUCAAUAUGUUCGUUACGGUGUACCAGAAUGCAGCGCUACAAUCAUCAACGAAUACUGGGUCAUGACUGCUGGUCACUGUGUGGAUGGGAAGGAGAUCCGCGUGUCCGACGUCCGAGCCGGUACCAACAGUGUGAGAAAUGAUACUGGUGUACUGAUCCACGUCAGCGAAUUCGUCUUCCACGAAAAUUACCAUUACGACUACAUAAACGACGUAGCUCUGAUUAAGCUGGUGCAGCCUCUCACUUUGGGUCCCCGAAUACAGCCAGUGCCUCUACCGGAACAGGGACAGCAGACAGCCGGCGGGACCAUAGCCACCGUGGUCGGAUGGGGAGCUACAGAGUCUGAAUCUUCAGCUGAAACACUGCGGAAGGCUGACAUCCCGGUGUGGUCUGACGAGGACUGUCAGGAGGCGUACGCAGGCUACGAGUACCAGGUCCUGGAGGAGGACAUCUGCGCCGGGAUGCCCGAAGGAGGCAGGGGAGAAUGUAGUGGGGAUGGAGGUGGACCGCUGUUAGUGAACGGCACUCAGAUCGGUAUAGUAUCGUGGUCCAGGAAGCCUUGCGUUACAGAGGGAUCUCCUGGGGUGUACGUCGAAGUUUCGUACUACGUAGACUGGAUCAAAGAGACGACUGGCAGAUCUUAA